AUGCAUUUCUCUAUCUUCCAGUCCCUGGCAGUCCUGGCGAUGCUGUCAGAGACGUCUUUCUCCAUGGGAUUAUCGCAGGGAAACCUCAAGCGCGAUCUAAAACUUGCUGCAGAGGCCGGAAUCGAUCCAGAUAUUAUGUUGCGCGGUGGAGGAAUUAUGCAUGCCAUGGCAAAAGUCACUGAGGCAGUGAAUGUUACCCCGGAAUAUGCAGAGUUGCCAAUUGAUCACAACGACCAUUCUUUCGGAACAUACAAGAAUCGUUAUUGGGUAUCUGACCAAUAUUACCGUGAAGGAGGACCUGUCUUCGUGUAUGAUGUUGGCGAGGCUUCGGCUGAAAGUCCAGCGAAUACACACCUGGGAAAUGAGACCUCAUUUUUCGCCGAGAUGUUGAAGACGUUUGGCGGAAUGGGUAUCGUCUGGGAACAUCGAUAUUAUGGCGACUCUCUACCCUUCCCGAUUUCAACCGAAUCGCCACCGGAGCAUUUUGAAUACCUCACUACAACACAAGCCCUCGCUGAUAUCCCUUUCUUUGCAAAUAACUUCACUCACUCGGCGUAUGCUCAUGUUGAUCUCGCACCCUCCGGAACACCAUGGAUCAUGGUAGGAGGAUCUUAUUCUGGUAUGCGGGCAGCUUUCACCCGUAAUGCUUACCCUGAGAUAAUCUUCGCUUCGUUCGCAUCCUCUGCGCCCGUUGAGGCCCGGGUCGAUAUGAGCAUGUAUUUCGAUCAGGUCUACGAUGGAAUGGUUGCCAAUGGCUAUAGCAACUGUACGAAGGACAUCAAGGCUGCCCUUCAGUACGUUGAUGGCGAGCUGGGCAAAAAUGCAUCGGCAGCUGCUGGCAUAAAAAAGGCGUUCUUUGGCCCAGGCGCGGAGAGAAAUAGCAAUGGUGACUUCACGGCCGCUCUCGCCGGAGUGUAUGGGUAUUUUCAGGCAUAUGGUCUUGGUGGCGGGGAUGGCAGUCUAGGGAGUCUUUGUGAGCACAUGGAAACCGACCCUGCAACUUUAGCUGUUGCUGGUCCUCGUGGAUUUGCACCCUACCGAGGUCGCAAAUACGCUGCGGAGCGAUUCAUUUCGUGGCCUAUCUUCACGCGGUUGAUCAAUUACAACUACGACACAAACUGCGACCAGCUUGACGACACGCUACCUUUAUCAUGUGUGCUUAAUCCAAAAUCCGUCGAUCCGGAUACCAUAAGUUGGACGUGGCAGUUUUGUACAGAAUGGGGCUACUAUCAGAGCAAUAACUUUGGUCCUCACUCUCUUCUAUCCCGGUAUCAAACUCUCGACUACAUACAGUAUACCUGCAAUCGACAAUUUCCCGAGGCGUUGAAGAGGGGCCUAAUGCCGAAGAGUCCUCAGGUAGAAGCCACCAACAAUAUCACUGGUGGGUGGAGCAUUCGCCCAUCCAAUGUCUACUGGAGUGGUGGCCAAUUCGACCCUUGGAGGACCCUUUCUCCUCUCGCAACUGAGAAGUCCGCCCCGCAUGUGACGCUCACAACGAAAAUCCCCAAGUGCAAUGUGAAGACGGGCACUGAUACUCUGUUCGGAUACAUUAUGCCGAAUGCUGAACAUUGUUUUGACUUCCAGGCCGACUUUGGCCCAGGAAAGGUAUCCCGAGAAUAUUUCUACCAAGCUUUGUCUGAAUGGCUUCCCUGUUUCCAAGCCCAAGGUCACAGCAAGGGCCACCAUAAGUCUCCUGAGGCCCCGAAGCCGAAGCAACAGCAGAACCAGCGGAAUGAUUAA